UAUGGAUACGGAUAAAGCCGCUCCGUCAGUUUGAUUAUCUUCUCAAAGCUCAAGCGAAGACUGAAGAAGAGAAGGUAAGAUCUAUUCCAUAAUGCUGGCGCUACUUCAGCACUGCACCAUCUCCAUGCCCCUCGCACGUGCGCUGCGCCCUCCCCCUCCUACGCACGUGCGACCUUGUUUCACGGCCAUGGUCCACGCACCCGUUUCCCCGCGCGCCAACUCCGACUCUCAGGUUCUCCUCGGCUUGUCCGAGAAGAAGCUGCAACAGCUUGCAAUUGACUUUGGUCAGGAAAGCUACAGGGGAAAACAACUUUAUCAUUUUAUAUACCAGAGGAAGGUCAAAGAAAUUCAGGAUUUCUCUCAGUUGCCUUUGGGGUUUAGGAAAGCUCUUGAGAAAGCUGGAUGGAAGGUGGGGCGCUCUCCUAUUUUCCAAACUGUUACUGCAGCUGAUGGAACUGUUAAGUUGUUGUUAAAGUUGGAGGACAAUAGAUUGAUUGAAACAGUUGGCAUUCCGGUUAUGGCUGAUGAUUGUGUGACUCGCCUCACAGCAUGUGUCUCAUCACAGGUUGGUUGCCCUUUACGCUGCUCUUUUUGUGCUACUGGGAAAGGGGGGUUUUCAAGGAAUCUCAAGGCACACGAAAUCGUUGAACAGGUCUUGGCCAUCGAGGAGGUCUUCAAGCGCAGGGUGACAAAUGUAGUGUUUAUGGGAAUGGGUGAACCAAUGUUAAACCUGAAGGCAGUACUUGAAGCACACCAUUGCUUGAAUAAGGAUGUGCGAAUUGGGCAAAGAAUGAUUACCAUCUCCACUGUGGGUGUUCCAAAUACAAUAAAGAAACUUGCUUCUUGUAAACUUCAAUCUACUUUAGCUGUGAGCUUACAUGCUCCUAACCAGAAACUUAGGGAGACAAUUGUUCCAAGUGCAAAAUCCUACCCGCUGGAUGCACUUAUGACAGAUUGCAGAGAUUACUUUCUCGAAACUAGUAGGCGGGUUUCCUUUGAAUAUGCGCUUUUAGCUGGAAUCAAUGACUCGGCACACCAUGCAGCAGAACUUGCUGAAUUACUCCAUGAAUCGGGCAGUGGAUAUCACGUCAAUUUGAUACCCUUCAAUCCAAUAGAAGGCUCUGAGUAUCAGCGUCCUUCCAAGCGUGCAGUGCUAGCGUUUGCUGGUGCAUUGGAAUCCUCUAAAAUAACUGUUAGUGUACGUCAAACACGAGGACUGGAUGCAAAUGCAGCUUGUGGUCAGCUUCGGAACAAGUUCCAGAAAACACCUUUAGUCGCCGACCCUUUUGGUAUUGCAGUAGCCUGUUGAUGGCACAAUGUCUGUUUUUUGGUUGUUGAUGAGAGGUCUGAUGAAGCCAGAGAUGAGCAUCAUAUCCACUACAAUUAUGAACUGAUGAAGGUGUUCACUGUUGCUGCAUCAGUUGUAAUAUCAGCUUUCUUGCCAUCUGAGAAAUUGUGGACACAUCUAUUUGCUUGUUGGCAAUUUUGCUGGAGCAUGCAGGCCUGGAGUAUUAUUUUUUGGACUCUAUGGCAUCUAUAUGAUCUAUACUAGUAUACUAAGAAACACACAGCCCACAGGGUUAGGCCUAAACCAAGUGAUUCUGAGUCAAGAGGGAGAGAUUUUUCCAUGCGUUGGACCUCUUUUGCUUGGUAUGUAUUGAUGUAGCAGCUAUUGACCCCGCUUUUUAUACUCGGUGAAAAGAUUUUUACACUAUCAA